UGUCCCACGGCCGGGGCUCCCCUCUGCAGGGCCGCAGCCCCUCUGCCUCCCCGGGGGGCUAUCCACUCAGUGCCACUGAGGUCAAGGACAGGCAGACAGCCCACCAUCUCCUGCUCAAACCGGGAUCAUGACGGUCCCCAAGGAGAUGCCCGAGAAGUGGGCCCGGGCCGGGGCACCCCCCUCGUGGAGCCGAAAGAAGCCCUCUUGGGGGACAGAAGAAGAAAGGAGGGCGAGGGCCAAUGACCGGGAAUACAAUGAGAAAUUCCAGUAUGCGAGUAACUGCAUCCAGACUUCCAAGUACAACAUUCUCACCUUCCUGCCUGUCAACCUCUUUGAGCAGUUUCAGGAAGUUGCCAACACGUACUUCCUGUUCCUUCUCAUCCUGCAGCUGAUCCCCCAGAUCUCUUCCCUGUCCUGGUUCACCACCAUUGUGCCUUUGGUCCUUGUCCUCGCCAUCACAGCUGUCAAAGAUGCCACUGAUGACUAUUUCCGCCAUAAGAGUGAUAACCAGGUGAAUAACCGUCAGUCUCAGGUGCUCAUCAAUGGAAUCCUCCAGCAAGAGCAAUGGAUGAAUGUCUGUGUUGGUGAUAUUAUCAAGCUUGAAAAUAACCAGUUUGUGGCGGCGGACCUCCUCUUGCUGUCCAGCAGUGAGCCCCAUGGGCUGUGUUACAUAGAAACAGCAGAGCUCGACGGAGAGACCAACAUGAAAGUGCGCCAGGCGAUUCCCGUCACCUCGGAACUGGGGGACAUCAGUAAGCUCGCCAAGUUUGACGGCGAAGUGAUCUGUGAACCGCCCAACAACAAGCUGGACAAGUUCAGCGGGGCCCUGUACUGGAAGGAGAACAAGUUCCCCCUGAGCAACCAGAACAUGCUGCUGCGGGGCUGCGUGCUGCGGAACACCGAGUGGUGCUUCGGCCUGGUUAUCUUCGCUGGCCCCGACACCAAGCUGAUGCAGAACAGCGGCAGGACGAAGUUCAAGAGAACGAGCAUCGACCGCCUCAUGAACACCCUGGUGCUGUGGAUUUUUGGAUUCCUGGUCUGCAUGGGAGUGAUCCUGGCCAUUGGCAAUGCCAUCUGGGAGCACGAGGUCGGGAUGCGCUUCCAGGUCUACCUGCCCUGGGACGAGGCGGUGGACAGUGCCUUCUUCUCCGGCUUCCUCUCCUUCUGGUCCUACAUCAUCAUCCUCAACACCGUCGUGCCCAUCUCCCUCUAUGUCAGCGUGGAGGUCAUCCGCCUGGGUCACAGCUACUUCAUCAACUGGGACAAGAAGAUGUUCUGCACGAGGAAGCGGACGCCCGCGGAGGCCCGCACCACCACCCUGAACGAGGAGCUGGGCCAAGUGGAGUACAUCUUCUCGGAUAAGACGGGCACCCUCACGCAGAACAUCAUGGUUUUCAACAAGUGCUCCAUCAGCGGCCGAGGCUACGGUGACGUCUUCGAUGUCCUCGGACAGAAAGCCGAGCUGGGAGAGAGGCCCGAACCCGUUGACUUCUCCUUCAAUCCGCUGGCUGACAAGAAGUUCUUAUUCUGGGACCCCAGCCUUUUGGAGUCUGUCAAAACAGGAGACCCCCCCACACACGAGUUCUUCCGCCUCCUGUCCCUGUGCCACACCGUCAUGUCGGAAGAAAAGAGUGAAGGGGAGCUGUACUACAAAGCCCAGUCCCCAGACGAGGGCGCCCUGGUCACUGCGGCCAGGAACUUUGGCUUUGUUUUCCGCGCUCGGACCCCUAAAACCAUCACUGUCCACGAGCUGGGGGCGGCCGUCACCUACCAGCUGCUGGCCAUCUUGGACUUCAACAACAUCCGCAAGCGCAUGUCCGUCAUAGUGCGGAACCCCAAGGGGAAGAUCCGGCUGUACUGCAAAGGGGCGGACACUAUCCUGCUGGACAGACUGCACCCGUCCAACCAGGAGCUGCUCACCACCACCACUGACCACCUGAAUGAGUAUGCGGGGGAGGGGCUGAGGACCCUGGUGCUGGCCUACAAGGACCUGGAUGAAGACUACUACGAACAGUGGGCUGAGAGACGGCUGCAGGCCAGCCUGGCCCAGGACAGCCGGGAGGACCGGCUGGCCAGCAUCUACGAGGAGGUUGAGAGCAACAUGAUGCUGCUGGGAGCAACGGCCAUUGAGGACAAGCUUCAGCAAGGGGUCCCAGAAACCAUUGCCCUCCUGACGCUGGCCAACAUCAAGAUUUGGGUGCUUACUGGAGACAAGCAAGAGACGGCUGUGAACAUUGGCUAUUCCUGCAAAAUGCUGACGGACGACAUGACGGAGGUGUUCAUCGUCACUGGUCACACCGUCCUGGAAGUUCGGGAGGAGCUCAGGAAAGCCCGGGAAAAGAUGAUGGCCUCAUCCCGCAGCGUCAGCAACGGCUUCGCCUGCCAGGAGAAGCGUCCUUCCGCCAGGCUCACCUGCGUCCUGGAAGCCGUUGCUGGGGAGUUCGCCCUGGUCAUCAACGGCCACAGCCUGGCCCAUGCGCUGGAGGCGGACAUGGAGCUGGAAUUCCUGGAGACUGCGUGUGCCUGCAAGGCCGUCAUCUGCUGCCGGGUCACCCCCUUGCAGAAGGCGCAGGUGGUGGAGUUGGUCAAGAAGCAUAAGAACGCCGUGACUCUGGCCAUCGGGGACGGAGCCAAUGACGUCAGCAUGAUCAAAACCGCCCACAUCGGUGUGGGCAUCAGCGGGCAGGAAGGGAUCCAGGCGGUCCUGGCCUCAGACUACUCCUUCUCCCAGUUCAAGUUCUUGCAGCGCCUCCUGCUGGUGCACGGGCGCUGGUCCUACCUACGCAUGUGCAAGUUCCUCUGCUACUUCUUCUACAAGAACUUUGCUUUCACCAUGGUCCACUUCUGGUUCGGCUUCUUCUGCGGCUUCUCGGCCCAGACGGUGUACGACCAGUAUUUCAUCACCCUGUACAACAUCGUGUACACCUCCCUCCCGGUCCUGGCCAUGGGGGUCUUUGAUCAGGACGUGCCCGAGCAGAGGAGCCUGGAGUACCCAAAGCUGUACGAGCCGGGCCAGCUCAACCUCCUCUUCAACAAGCGGGAGUUCUUCAUCUGCAUCGCCCAGGGCAUCUACACCUCUGUGCUCUUGUUCUUCAUCCCCUACGGCGUGUUUGCCGAGGCCACCCGGGACGACGGCUCCCAGCUGGCCGACUACCAGUCCUUCGCAGUCACCGUGGCCACGUCGCUGGUCAUCGUGGUCAGCAUGCAGAUUGGGCUGGACACAGGCUACUGGACGGCCAUCAACCACUUCUUCAUCUGGGGCAGCCUCGCCGUCUACUUUGCCAUCCUCUUCGCCAUGCACAGCAAGGGGCUCUUCGACAUGUUUCCAAACCAGUUCCGCUUUGUGGGUAACGCCCACAACACCCUGGCCCAGCCCACAGUGUGGCUCACCAUUGCGCUCACCACGGCCGUCUGCAUCCUGCCUGUGCUUGCCUUUCGCUUCCUCAAGCUGAACCUGAAGCCCGAUCUCUCAGACACGGUCCGCUACACCCAGCUGGUGAGGAAGAAACAGAAGGCCCAGCACCGCUGCAUGCGGCGAGUGAGCCGCACGGGCUCGCGCCGCUCCGGCUACGCCUUCUCCCAUCAGGAGGGCUUCGGCGAGCUCAUCAUGUCCGGCAAAAACAUGCGGCUCAGCUCGCUGGCCCUCUCCAGCUUCACCACCCGCUCCAGCUCCAGCUGGAUCGAGAGCCUGCGCCGCAAGAAGAGCGACAGUGCUGGCAGCCCCGGUGGCGGCAGCACCAGCACCAGCGGGGUCGAGAAGCCCCUCAAGGGGUGAAGGCAGGGAGGGGGUGCUGGCCAGCCACCCCCGAGGGAGAGAACUGCCCCCCAGAAUGGCUGGUCCUUAUCGCCUCUGGCUGGGUGGGGGUGCACCCCUCCCUCUGGUAGACUGUCCUGCUGGUCCCACCCGAGUCACAGAGGACCCCCCACCUGCGCUCCCCCCUUGUAAGGCAGAGUACUUAAGCGCAGGGUCUGAGGGCACCGGCCUCCACAGGGGACCAGGUGUGGAACCAAAAACAGAAGGAAAAACUGAGAGGCUGGGCCUGGCCCUGCCCCACAGCCUGCAGGGGGGCUCUGUCGUCUCCGUAUUUUUUUACUCCCACUCCCCAGAGGGGCCCCGGGCCCUACCCCUGAAUUAACCGAGAAUGUAUCAUGCCGGGAAGCCAGAAACCUGUGGGGGGCCACUGGGCCCCUCCGUGCCGCGCGCCUCUCCUUGAUCCGUGUAGCUGUCCGCGUUGUUUUCUCGUGUUGGUAUUUGGUAAGCGGAGGAGGCCAUUCAGGGACCCGGGUGUUGUGGUUGGUGUCUUAGCUGCCCCGGGGAAGAGGAGGAGGAGGCUGCUGCCCCACCGAGGGUGUGGGACAGACAGGCUCUGAGCAGGCCAGGAGGCGCGCACCGAAGUCCUGCUGGUUUGGGACCGGAGCCUGGGUCAGUGCUCGGGGACCCUGUCCUUCUCAGUGACCGGGGUUAGGGGAUUCUCUUUAGGUUAAAUGAAGACUAAAUGAAGAAAUUUAGCAGGCGCUCUCUGAUAGCCCUUUCCUGUAGCUGCGGGGGGAGGGGGGCGAAGCUCUGUCCCCACCCGGGUGGUUCCCAAGUUGUUGGUAGUGCCCUCGAGUUGGUUCUGGCCCCUGACGAUCCUGUGUGCAGUGGACACGCAGCCCAGUCCCGCCCCAUCCUCACCUGUCCUCCGUCUGAGCCCCUGUGUCAGUCCCCCCUAGUUGCUUCCGCAUUGGCCUGGAAGAAGCCUUUCCUGUCUGCUGGAGGGCACUGGCAGGACUGGCUGCAGGACUGGCCCUGUCGAAACCUUUGUGUUGGAUGCGGGGGCCCUGGGGGCCCUGG